AUGCCUAAGAAGCCUGGAGGGCUUGAUGCCACAGACGGAUCAUGUUUGCUUCUCCGCCUGGACAUCCGCUCUGUCGCGAUCUCCCCCUCCUGGCCCACCGACACCAGUCCCGCUCGACAAAUACCCAACCGCGCAUAUGCUGACCUGCCAUUCCUCGAACAGAGAAAGAACAAUGGCCGCAACAAGAAGGGCCGCGGCCACGUGAAGCCCAUCCGUUGCUCCAACUGCUCGCGAUGCACCCCCAAGGACAAGGCCAUCAAGAGAUUCACCAUCCGCAACAUGGUCGAGUCUGCUGCUAUUCGUGACAUCUCUGACGCCUCGGUCUUCGCCGAGUACACCGUCCCCAAGAUGUACCUCAAGCUGCAGUACUGCGUCUCUUGUGCCAUUCACGGCAAGAUCGUUCGUGUCCGUUCGCGUGAGGGUCGUCGCAACCGCGCUCCUCCCCCACGUGUCCGAUACAACAAGGACGGCAAGAAGAUCACUCCUACCCAGGGCGCCAAGACUUCGUAG